AUGCCUAAUGUGGGUAUUGAGGAAAAAUGUGGCAUUGAUCCAGUUGAUGCGGCCGUGGUGGUUGUUCAGGUGACAGUGCCCUUCCUGCGGGCAUUCGGCCCGGAGCCCGCGGAGAGCGGCCCGGCGGCCAUUAAGGGGGCGCCGCUUCGCCACAGCUCUUUUCCGCAGACAAAGCCUCCUCGUCAGUCCCUCCGCUGCCGCCGAAGGGGCACCACGUUCGGCAGAAGAAAAAGAGAGCCGCUGCUCUCCGUCAGGCAGCCAGACAAUAGCGGCGGCCAGGCCGCGCCUUGCCAAAGGGCAGAGGACCGGCAUCUUUGUUUCCACCCUGUCCUUCAAACCCGCCCGGCCGCCGUGACGCGUCCGCGGAAACGCGGGUUCCUCGCUCUCGUGCGCGUCGACCGCCCGCGGCCCAGCCUGUGCUGGUGGCCGGAGCCCCCGGGCCGUCCCUCGAGAGCAGGCGGCCCUGGAGGCCGGCGGCUGGAGGGGUACGGCCUCUCCGGCCUUACAGGCGCCCUGGCAGGGCCUCCGUCCCGGGAGUGGGGGUUUGUCUGGCCCGCGGCUGUACACGGCCGGGCCCGCUGUCCCCCUCUCCAGCCGGACAGCAGGUGCCGCGAGUCGGGCCCCGGACCGCGGCGAGCGUGGCAGCCUGACUGGCCGGGGUCGGCCCGGAGCCCCCUCCCAAGCUCCCCCGCCGGGCGCCGCCAGCCUCGUGUCCCUGUGCUGGGAAGCAGGGUGGUUGUGAGGGCUCCCAGUGAGCGAAUGCAGGCAGCUCGUCCCAAGACGUGAUGGUUCUGCAUGGCUUGACGGGAAGGUGUCCCUGGGGACUGAGCAAUCAGCCGUACUUCUCUCGUGAAGCACCGCUUUCCAUUUGCUUUCCUUUGCCUUUCCCCUCACCCUUGAUGCCCUGGAAUUGCACCUUCUAAUAAAAUC